AAAGGAAUAUACUACACCUCUUGCAAAAACCUCUAUUAUUCUCUAAUAGCCAUAUUAAUCAUACAUUGAAAUUUGAAAUCCAUUCUUUAAUGGAAAACUCAACAAUGGGUAAUGAUUUUCUUACCACAAGUGAGGAGAAUUUCUUCAAGAAAAAGAAAACUCUCCCCAUUGAUACCAUAUUCAAGCUUCCUGUACCUAUAUCAAAUUCAUCUUGGCCUCCAGGUGGUGAUUUUGCAAGUGGAAUAAUUGAUCUAGGUGGGUUGCAAGUGUCUCAAAUAUCAACAUUCAACAAAGUUUGGGGCACCUAUGGUGGUGGACCUGACAAUAAAGGUUUCACCAUGUUUGAACCAUCAGGAAUACCGCAAGGUUUCUAUAUGUUGGGUAGCUACUGUCAACCCAACAACAAGCCUCUUUUUGGAUGGGUUCUUGUGGCAAAAGAUGUAUCUAAAAGUAUAAACAACUCCACUUUAAAGCAACCAAUUGAUUACACACUUAUAUGGAACAGUGCAUCAUUGAAGAUUAGUCAAGAUGGUCCCAUCUAUGUUUGGCUUCCAAUAUCACCUGAUGGGUACAAAGCUUUGGGCCAUGUUGUCACCAACACACCAAACAAGCCUUCCCUUGAAAAAAUUAGGUGUGUCAGAUCAGACCUCACUGACCAAUGUGAAACAAGUUCAUUGGUUUGGGAAUCAGGAAGCUUCCGUGUUUAUGAUGUUAGACCCAACAAUAGAGGAAUCCAAGCUCCUAGUGUUAGCGUAGGCACCUUUAUUGCUCAAAAUGGGAGCACCAUCAACCCUCCAAGUAUUGCUUGUUUGAAAACCACCAAUGCUAUCCCAAAACACAUGCCUAAUCUACAACAAAUCAAGGCAAUACUCCAAGUUUACUCUCCAAUUAUGUGCUUGCACCCUGAUGAAGAAUACUUACCAUCUUCUGUGAAUUGGUUUUUCUCCAAUGAGGCACUACUAUAUAAGAAAGGGCAAGAGUCAAAUCCUGUCACAAUAGAACCAAAUGGCACUAACCUCCCUCAGGAUCAUAACACCGAUGGUGCCUAUUGGCUGGACCUGCCUGUUGAUGCAGCCAACAAAGAGAGGGUUAAAAAAGGAGAUUUGCAAAGUGCUAAAAGUUAUGUGCAUGUGAAGCCAAUGCUCGGAGGAACCUUCACUGACAUUGCAAUAUGGGUCUUCUACCCAUUCAAUGGGCCUUCAAGAGCUAAAGUUAAGUUCAUUACUCUUAAAUUGGGGAAGAUAGGUGAACAUGUUGGUGACUGGGAGCAUGUGACACUAAGGGUAAGCAACUUCAAUGGUGAACUAUAUCAAGUCUAUUUCUCACAACACAGCAAGGGUACAUGGUUUGAUUCAUCUCAGAUUGAGUUCCAAAGUGGUGGGAACAAACCACUAUUCUAUUCUUCUUUGCAUGGUCAUGCAUCAUACCCUCAUGCUGGCCUUAAUCUACAAGGGGAAGAUGACAUAGGUAUAAGGAAUGAUACUGCUAAAGGUGACAAUGUGAUGGAUAUGGGACAAUUUGAAUUGGUUUCUGCUGAGUAUUUGGGUUCUACAGUUGUAGAGCCUCCUUGGCUGAACUACUUUAGGGAAUGGGGUCCUAAGAUUGAAUACGAAAUAGAUGAUGAGUUGAAAAAGAUUGAGAAGAUGUUGCCGGGAAAGCUAAAAUCUGCUUUUGAAAAGAUUGUGAAGAGUUUACCAAGUGAGGUGGUGGGAGAGGAAGGACCCACAGGUCCAAAGGUUAAGAAUAAUUGGAGUGGAGAUGAAGUUUAAGAUUGUAAACUUCAGUUACAUUGAUUCAUACUUGUUAUACUAGAGUGCGUUAAUAUGCUUUUGUGUGCAAAACAGAACUCAUAGUUAAUUCAAGUUGGGCAUUAGACUAUGUAACUGACAACUAUAACCAAUUAGGUGUAAUCAUUCUGUUACUGUUUAACCACAAUAGCUUCUUGCAUGUUCUCUCUUUGUUGCAUAUACUGGUACUGUAUAAUAGUGAUAUAAAAUGGAUUGUCUCGUCUCUUUUCUAUUCAAUGCUUUCCAAGCUCUCUUGUCUCUGGGUCAAU